UAGUAUUGAAAUAUGGCGGCUCCCAUUCUGAAGUGGAAGCGGGUUACCAAUACUACAGGACCAUGUCCGCGGCCAAGACAUGGUCAUAGAGCAGUUGCAAUCAAAGAUCUGAUGGUUGUUUUUGGUGGUGGUAACGAAGGAAUCGUUGAUGAACUGCAUGUUUACAACACUGCCACCAACCAAUGGUUUGUCCCAGCAGUGAGAGGGGAUAUCCCCCCAGGAUGUGCAGCUUAUGGUUUUAUCUGCGAUGGAACUCGCAUUCUAGUGUUUGGUGGCAUGGUUGAAUAUGGAAAAUAUUCCAAUGAGCUUUAUGAAUUACAGGCUAGUCGCUGGGAGUGGAAGAGGCUGAAGCCUAAAUCUUGUAAAAACGGACCACCACCAUGUCCAAGACUGGGCCACAGUUUUACCUUGCUUGGAAAUAAGGCGUAUUUAUUUGGAGGGCUCGCGAACGACAGUGAGGAUCCCAAGAAUAACAUACCAAGAUAUCUGAAUGAUCUUUAUGUACUGGAACUUAAACCCCAUUCUAACGCACUCUCCUGGGAUUUCCCUCCCACAAUCGGACAGCCCCCUCCUCCUCGGGAAUCCCACACCUGUGUGGGUUACGCGGAGAAAGAUGGCCGACGGCCCCGACUGAUCAUCUAUGGAGGAAUGAGUGGUUGUCGUCUCGGAGACUUGUGGCAGCUAGAUAUAGAUACAUACACAUGGAUUAAACCAGUGGUUCAGGGAAUUCCCCCUCUACCCAGGAGUCUUCACUCGGCCAAUGUUAUCGGUCAUCGGAUGUUUGUAUUUGGAGGGUGGGUUCCAUUGGUCAUGGAUGACGUCAAGGUGGCAACGCAUGAAAAGGAAUGGAAAUGUACUAAUUCCCUGGCCUCCCUUAAUAUCGAAACAAUGACCUGGGAGCCCUUGGCUAUGGAGGUUUUUGAGGAUUCCCUUCCUCGGGCACGGGCUGGGCACUGCUGUGUGGGAAUUCACACGCGACUUUAUAUCUGGAGUGGACGGGAUGGAUACAGGAAAGCAUGGAACAACCAAGUGUGCUUUAAAGAUUUGUGGUUUCUUGAAACAGAGAAGCCUCCAGCUCCAUCACGUGUACAGCUGGUCAGAGCCAGUACAAACACACUGGAGGUAUGCUGGGGAGCUGUGCCUACCGCAGACGCUUAUCUUCUACAGCUACAGAAAUACGACCUACCCCCCUCCCAGGCCCUCACCCCCACAGCGGUCCCUCAGACCAACCCCCUGAUGAAGGCCGUCACCUCCCCCAGUACUCCACAACCCACAGUGGUCAGGACGCCAACGCCAGGAAUUGCACAGAUUCGAACAAAUUCUGGAGCAAUAGGCUCCGUUACCAUGGCAUCGCCACAAACAAUUAGAGUAACAGCUGUAACCGCCAGACAAAAGACACCAAUCACAGUGAACCCUGGAACAAUUAGAGUGGCCUCCCCUCAGGUCGUGACCCUGCCUCAGCAGCGAGCCGUAGUAUCCAACACGACUGGUAAUCAAAUGUCUGGUAUUCAGGCUCUGGCAGCUGCCGCAGCAGCCACCCAGAAAAUUCCAGGCACCACCACCACUCCCUCCACUCCGGGCAUCAAGGUCGUGACCCCAACAAUUGUAACUCCAACAGGGGUCAAGGUCACACCUAUUGGGAACCAAGCACUGAAAACUACUUCAGCUAAUCCAACAACCCCCACAGUGAGAGUGGCUACCCCAGGAGCCACCAUCCUUAAGUCUACACCAGGAGCCAUCCAACAGACGAUUGGUGGAAAACAGAUCAUUACAGUCCACAAGGCCAGCACGGGGGGCACGUCCACCACCGGGCAGCCUCAGAUUGUGACACUGGUCAAGACAAACCAAGGCAUGCAGGUGGCCACAACAAAGGGGCCACUGCCACAGGGUGCCACCAUUGUAAAGCUUGUCACCACACAGGCCGGUGGUACCGGUAAGCCCACCGCCAUCAUCACCACGAGUCAGCCAGGCCAGACGCCAUCAACAAUUCUAGGAAUCAGCAGUGUACAACCCCAGUCAUCUACAACAAAAACCAUCAUCAAAACUAUCCCAUCUUCCAUGCUGUCAAUGGCCAAAGCAGGAACCAGCACUGCAACGACUUCAGGUGGUGCUAAAACCAUCGUCAUAGCAGCACCCAAAGGCAGCACUGGGGGACUGACAGGGACCCCACACAAAAUCAUCAGCUCAGUCCCCAAAAUAGCCGGCCAGGGAAACACCCAGUUCAUCGUGGUCAGCCCACAGCAUCGUGGUCAGCCCACAGAUAUGUAUUUAAAGGUGGGUGGGGCACAUACCAUCACAUCAGGGGGCAAGCCCAUUCAGGUGACGACUCUACAGACGACGUCAGGUGUGACCCUAGCCGGUCAUCAGAUCGUCACAGCCUCACAAGUCGCCAAGCCAGUCAUUCAGCAAGGGACUGGAGGGACUAUAGUGAAGACUAUUCAGGCCACGCCCACAACUCUGGCUGGAUCCGCCACCUCUCUCCUCAUUAACACCACCGCUGGAUCCGCUCCUACACAGUCAACGCCCACAAUCUCCCUCAUCACACAGCCUUCAGUCUCCCAGAUUCCGGUCACCUUGACCACUCAGACAGUCUCAGCCACGCCCAUCCAGGCCACAGGGGGCGGCGGAAAACCAGUCCAGAUAACUAUCACCCCAGCAGCAGCUUCAGGGGCUGUCCAGGCCCAGCCCACAGUACAAGUCGUGCCAACCGUCACGCAACCCUGCACUGAUGGUCAUAACUGCCCAGGAGACGAAACUCCUCAACCCGCAGUAUGCACUGAUGGUCACAAUUGCCCUAGUGAUGAACUUCCUCAACCCGCAGUAUGCACUGAUGGUCACAAUUGCCCAGGUGAUGAACCUCCUCAACCUGCAGUGUGUACCGAUGGCCACAAUUGUCCAGGUGAUGAAAAUCCACAACCAUCUAAUGUAUGUACAGAUGGACACAAUUGUCCGGGUGAUGAAGUCGAUGGAGUUCCUCCUGCUGCUAAAGGACAGUGUACAGAUGGGCAUAAUUGUCCGGGCGACGAGACUGCACAAUCCCAAAAUGUUUGUACUGAUGGGCAUAAUUGUCCUGGUGAUGGUAAUCAAUCCCAGUCGACUAAUGCCUGCACUGAUGGACACAACUGUCCUGGGGAUGAAAACCCCUCUGGAGUCUGUACAGAUGGACAUAAUUGCCCAGGAGAUGAAAAUCCUCAGCCUGGAGUGUGCACAGACGGGCACAAUUGCCCAGGGGAUGAAAAUCCCCAGCCAUCAAAUGUUUGCACAGACGGGCACAAUUGUCCCGGGGAUGAAAAUCCCCAGCCAUCUAAUGUUUGCACAGAUGGCCACAAUUGUCCAGGGGAUGAGAACCCAGACCAAACUUCAGGGCAGCAGGUGACCUCUGACCUCCCAGAUAGUGCUGCUGUGGUGGCUCCCUCUGUCCCACUGGACACAAAUGCUGCAGUGUCUGUAUCGGAGCAAGUUCCUGCGAUCCUGAUGCAAGAUACUGAACCUAAACUGGAACCAGAAGCUAUGGACACGGCAGCACCAGUGGAUGCUUCUCAACCAGAAUUACCAGUGACACAACCACAGGAAGUGGCACCAGCAGCAGAGGUGGCACCCACACCGGAGGUAGCACCACCUCAGGAAGCACCGCCUGAGGAAGCACCUGUUCCAGAUUCCACAACAGCAGUGCCUGCAUCACAAGGAGAGAUAACUCCUAUUGUUCCUAAGCAGGAAGAACCUAUGGAUAUUGGGCCAUCCCCUGUAGCGACCCUCCAGGGCACAAUACUGACCGUGGGACCUCCAGUAGGGGCCACACCUCCCCAGCCUAUAGAUACUUCUACAGCAGACUCUGAUCCUCUGGCAACUCUGGCCUCAGCAGCGAUAUCAUCUGGCACAGCUCAGACCACCAUAAAACAGGAGCCGGGUGUUCUAGCAGCCAAUGGAAUUAAACAGGAGGUACAGGACAAGCCUGAGGCGGUACCUAGGACACCGACCACUCCAGUAAAGAAGGAGGGGAACCAAUGGUACGACGUGGGGAUCAUCAAGGGCACCUCCUGUGUCGUGUCUCACUUCUAUCUCUCAGCUGACGCCCUGCAAGCCAGCGGUAAUGGAAACGACAUAGACGUGGUGAAUGUUGGGGAUGUGAACGUCUUGAAGAAACAGGAACUCCUCCCGGGAACGGCCUAUAAGUUCCGUGUGGCGGGGAUCAAUGCGUGCGGCCGCGGCGCGUUCAGUGAGAUCUCAGCCUUUAAGACCUGCCUCCCUGGCUACCCGGGCGCCCCCUCAGCCAUCAAGAUCAGCAAGGUAGGAGGAAAGAGUACAGAAGGUGCCCACCUCUCCUGGGAACCUCCACAGAAUACAGCUGGCAAGAUCACUGAGUACUCGGUAUACCUGGCUGUACGUAAUGCUGCUGCCCACGUAGACCAGAAGCCUGGGGCCCCGGCCCAGCUGGCCUUUGUCCGUGUUUACUGUGGCCCCGCCCCCACCUGUACCGUGACUGCAGCCAGCCUUGCAUCAGCACACAUUGACUACACAACUAAGCCUGCCAUCAUUUUCAGAAUCGCUGCUCGUAAUGAGAAGGGUUAUGGUCCAGCUACGCAAGUCAGGUGGCUUCAAGAUGCCCAGAGUCCUGCUGCUCAAAAGGUUGCCAUCAAAAGAGCUAUCCCAGCUCAAGGGGAUGGACCCCAGGUGGUGGGAGGUGGUCAGGCGAAGAAACUAAAGGGAGAUGAUGACAAUGAGAAACCAAUGUAAAAAAAGCUAAAGGGAAACAACUCACGAUUGGUUAUACAGAGUUACCUAUCCUAAUUGUCAAAAGAGGGGGACAUAGUGUGCUUAUUCAAAAGUAUAUAAAAAUAUUUAUAUACACUUAAACUGCAAUGUUAUUUUGAUGUUGACUUUGCUGAAUGAAAUUUUAUUUCUGUUGUCACUCAUGAUUAGCAGCUAACUCUUUGUAUUAUUCAUAGGGCAUCUAUCAUUAUUUUUAUCCUCAUCCUCAUUGUUAGAUCAGUAUCAUGGCUCCUAGCAUUGGUGUCUAUCAUUCCUGUUGUGACCGCUAUUCCUUCCGUGUUGAAAUAUUUUUAUCGUUUACAUCCACUAUACAACCGUUGCAUAAGUUCCUUGUAUAUAACCAUGUCAAAGCAGGUUAAAAUUAGAUUUCUCUCAUCGACAUGUGACCACUGUUUAAGUUUCAUAUGUAUAUAAUAAGGAAUUACAAGAACAUUUCUUGUAGAUUAUUUUUAUCAUCACUUAGGAAGAAUUAAAAAUUUGGAGUAAUGAUAUUUUUACCAUUCAUUAGAAUUGCUGGUCUGGCCCGUUUCACGUUUUUGGAGGUCUACAUAUUGAAUGGUUCAUUUGUUUGAAGAAGUGCAAUUCUUUGUUAAUUUUUUUUAUGUAUAAAUGUUAAUGACUUUUUAAAGUAGUGAUCCAAUUUAUAGUUUUAGUGGAAUAGGUAUUUAGGAAGAUCUGUGCUUGAACAUGUUCAUGUAUGUUAUUUUUACAAAUUAUCAUACAGACAACAUUAAAAAUGAAAGCAGUGUUAUUUUACAUUGCUGAAGUUGUUUUUUUUUUUUUUUUCAUUAAAAAUUUUUUCUGCGGAAGUUAUUGUAGUAAAAGAUGAAUUAUCCAAAGCAAUUUACUGUAUAUCUGUAAAAUACUCGACCAUCCCCGAUAAUUUUUUUCUGUGGAAGUUUUAUCUUUUCAUUAUUCUCCCAGUACAGUCAAUGUGCUACACAAUGUCAUAGAUCUGUCAAUAUUUUGUAAAUAAACUGUAUAUUUUACAAUUAAUUAAAACUAUUAAAAAAUCA